CUAAAGAUGUGCAUUGGGAGCACAAGCCUCAAGAUGUGUAGAGUAAAAGUGCAUCACCCCUGGAACAAUUCCCAAUGAGGAAUAAAACAAUAAAACCCAUCUCUCACAUCAAAAUAUCUACACCCCAACCCCCCUAUAAUUCCGUGUAAAUUUUAUUUUUGUAACAACAAUUGAUCAUUAGGGAAAUUUACCAGUGGUCUCGGCGGGUCUGUUGACAGUGAAAAUCACGGGAAAGAGUAAAGACCAAAGCACAAAACCCCAUUGUUGUGUUUCGUGUUGAGUGAGAGUUGAAUGUCUCUUGGGAAAGUACUUUUUAAUGAGGGAAAAUGUCAGUGAGGAAAAUGCACCGAGGGGAGAUUUUUUUAAUCAGUAAUUUCUAGGGGUUUUUUUUUGGAGUGGGGCGACAACCGGGCAGUAAUUGAUUCUAUGAAUCUUUCAGUGUCUUAGAGGAGAUCCAGAUUUACUGACGGAAAUAGGAAAAUGGAUAUAUCGAGUGGAAUUUCGAGAAACGCCGGCCCGGGGCUCUACGAAUUCCUCAUGGAGGCUGAACUCCAGCAGUACUACGCGGGAAUUCGAGGUGACCUGAAAGUUCAAACGACAGCCCAAUUAAAAUACGUAACAGAAGAGGACCUAAACGCGAUUGGUAUGUCAAAACCGGAGAUGCGUCGCCUAAAGAAGUAUUUCCAGAAGUACUUUCCCCAGAACUACCUCUCAAAAUUCAAGAAAAUGCUCCUCUCAAAACGGGAGGAGGUGCCCUCAGGAGCCCUAGCAAUUCUUCCAGAAGAAAAACAAGACAAGCCCCCGAUAAAAGUUCCAAACAAACACAUGAUCCCAGCGGAUGCAAUAAUCGUGAACAAGGAGUUGGGCAUGGGUGAAUUUGGUGUUGUCCAGCAGGGUGUGUGGACAAACGACGGUGAGAGAAUUCAAGUGGCCAUAAAGUGUCUCUCCCGAGAGCGAAUGCAAAAUAAUCCUAUUGAAUUUCUCAAAGAAGCAGCAAUAAUGCAUGCGAUAGAUCACGAGCACAUUGUACGUUUGUACGGUGUUGUUCUCGAUACAAACUCUCUAAUGCUAGUCACCGAAUUAGCACCACUUCGAUCUCUAUUAGAAUGUCUCAAAGAGCCUAGUUUACGAGGCAGUUUUCCAGUUCUCUCUCUGUGCGAUUUCUCUAUUCAAAUAUCAGACGGUAUGCAGUAUCUAGAAGCCAAAAGACUGAUCCACCGAGACCUGGCAGCUCGAAAUAUCCUAGUAUUCUCCAAAAACAAGGUCAAAAUAUCAGACUUCGGUUUAUCCCGGGCCCUUGGAGUUGGCAAGGACUACUACCAAACGAAUUUCAACGUAAACUUGAAGCUUCCCAUCGCCUGGUGCGCACCAGAGUGCAUCUCUUACUUGAAGUUCACCUCAGCAAGUGACGUCUGGGCCUACGGUGUCACCCUCUGGGAGAUGUUCAGCUACGGUUUCCAACCCUGGGCAGCACUGACAGGUCACCAGAUCCUGGAGGCAAUAGACGAGCCGAAUUUCCAACGCCUGGAACAACCCGACUGCUGCCCGAAGGACUACUUUUCCCUGAUGCUACAGUGCUGGCAGCACGAGCCAGCUAAACGACCAAAAUUUUCAGAGCUAAUUAAUCUCCUCCCAGACCUCAAGCCCGAACAGGUCCAGGCGGUGCAGGAUAGCGGAGAAAUCGGCCAAUUGUGCUACAGACAGGGUGACAUCAUUACUGUUCUCGAUAAAGGGAGCAACAACAUCCUCUGGAAGGGAGUUCUCCCCAGUGGAAAGACUGGUCUCUUCAAUCCUGCGCACACAAUUGCUUAUUUGGGGUCUAAUCUACCUAGUAAUAAACCUGGUGAAUUUUCCAGAGGCGACGGGAAGAAUGCGUUUUCGUCUCAGCGGAGGAAAAUUCGCACUGAUAUGAUUUCCUCACCCCAGGGCGAUCUCAAGCACACAGGGCACGUUGGACUCGAUGGAGCUUAUUUCGGGGACAUAAGUUUUCUUGGAGGAAAAUAUCCACAUUUACCGAGACAGGUGGUGACGCCGUACAAACCUCAUGAGGAUGUGCCUGAUAAUUCGAGUCAGAUUGUCAAUCAGGAUGGGAGGGACUGCAGGGAUGUGAGAGAGGGCAGGGAGUGCAGGAAUGAUACUGGGAGGAAUAGCAGAGGGCAGGAAGUGAAGCAUGAGAAUGUUUGGGAGGGUAAUGACGUGGUCAUGGGGAAUGGAGGGAAAGCUAAAGCUGUUGGGGGCAAGAGGGCAAUUGUUGAGGGUCUGCCUGCUGAUCAUGAGUACCAUGAGAUCAGUGAUGAGGAGAAUCAGGACAGCCCUCUUAGAUUUGAUAAGCCUUUGGAUUUUGAUUUUGGACCCAGUCUGCUUGAUGAGAUGGACCAGAUGUUCAGGUCAUUAGGGACUUCUCCACCUCCACCACCGCCAGGUCAUCCUGGCUCCACUGAUCAUGAGGCGAGUAAUGUGAGAAACGAAUUGAGAGAAAUGCAAGCCAAACAGAGCUCCAAGAAGAAACAAGCCACCGUGAGUCCCAUAAAUGUGAAACCAAUAUCUGCCGCCGAUCAGAAAACAUUGUACUCGGCGAUAGCAAUGGCGCAGGAAUUGACAGCUCGUUCAAUGUCGGAUCUUGAACAUCCACCAGAAUCACCACGCACACCAGUAAGCCCCUCAAGACGCAGAAAAUUCAGUUUUAAGUUGCCACAUCAACACAGUCCCAAACCCGAUAGGCGACACUUUUCCGAGGAAGCUGCCAGUAUACCUGACAUCCAGGCGACACUCUCGGACGAAGCUAAGGAGGUGUACAACAGUCUGGUGGAGACACAGGUACUCGAUAAUACAACGGAUACAAAUCCAUUGAGAAUGCUGAGAUCCGGAUUGCCAAUGGUCCGUUCAAAAUUACGAGCGAGUCGUCAAUCAAGUUUCAGCAGCACUCUGUCACCAUCCGAAGAGAUCGUCGACUCGAAUUUCUCGUAUGAUUUCAAUCACGUGGGAUCGACAACACUUCCCAAGAUAAGAACGCCAUUACCACCAAAUGUGCCGCUGAUGGGCACCUCCAGGACACUGGAGAGACACAGUUCGGCAAUUGGAAUCGAGAACAAUCAGAAUCAUAAUAAUGUCGAUGAGAAUCCGAUUCCGUUGCCUCCGAGGGACCGAUCUAAGACGCUGCAGCCUAAGUCUAGUCUUCCCAGACAUCAGCGGAAGCAUCCGUUGAUCAUUCCUGGGGAUGGGGUCACGAGGACACUCGCUAAGAUGGCGGUCACCACUGGGGUGGAGGAUCAGGUGGAUGGACCGAUUGUCAGGGGUGAGGAUUCUGGGGGCAGGGGAGAGGCUAGUACUUCGGAGGCUGCUCCAAACAGUCCCGACGAGUUCGAGAGACGAAUAGCCUCAGACUUGGCCGCCCUGGACAGUCUCCCCCUGGACCCAUCGCCAAACCGUCUCCACCGUUGCAGCGUCAUCUCGGAGGACCUCCUCGAGUUCUCAGAGAACCUGAUCGAGAGCGACUCCAAAGAAUCCCACAAUUCCUCCCUGGACUGCCAAAAAACUCCCCAAGCCUCUCCAAAAUCCUCCCGUCCCUUCCUGGAAACCCAAUCAGAGUCUUCAAAGCUGUCGUACGACGACACAAAAGAGCCAAAAGAGUCUUCCUCCAGUAAUCAGGUGCCAAUUUCAAAACUGAAUAAAAAUGAAUCCAUACAAGAUGUUGAUAACAGACGAACGAGAACGAGUGAUUUAUCGAGACAGUCGGAUCAUGUUUCUUGCGAAGAUCUUCUGGAGUUCGCGUGUGACGGUCCCAACGCCAGAAGAACUCGAGGACCUCACAACGGUGAACAAUCCGACGAAGUUCGGAUUAUGCUGAAAGUCCUGCACGAUCAGUCGACACCAGAGUCCUGUGUGGCUGCUCUCAAUGUCACUGAUUGGGAUGUCCUUGCAGCUAUCAAGUUGGAGCGUCUUCAGGGCCUGUUGAAGAAGGAGAACCACUUCGUGGGCCUGGAGGACUGCAAAGUCAUGUUGAGUCAGUGUGGGGGGGACGUUGUGAAAGCUGCUGCAUUACUGAGGAAUACUGAGGACACUGCGUCGGUCUAGGCAGGUGAUGAGUUUAAUUAAAUGGAAAUCUCAAUUUCAAAAUCCUCACGAAGGACGAGAAUUUAUCCCGCGAAUUUUGGAAAGUCCGAAAAAUUAAAAAAACUAUCGAUUUUGAAUCAUUAAUGGAAAGCAUCUCCAUUUUUUUCUUUUCAAAUCGUCCAAAUUUUCAUCUGAUUAAUAUUUUUUUUAUGUUAACUCUCGAGAGUUCGGGAAUUCAACAAUAUAUAUAAAAAUUUGGGAACCGAUAGAAUCUUUUUUAUGUGACAGGUACAUUUUUGAGUCACGUCACCUUGAUUAAUCGUGUCAGAAAAUUAUUUUGGGGUGCAUUCAAUUAUUGAGAGGAAAGGGAAACCAUAAAGUGUAGACUUUUUGCAUGUUGGAUGUUGCUACGAAAUUUCUAAAUUAUUGAAUUAAGCGUCUAGGUGGUAAUUGAAUUUGAAUCUCUAGAAAUUAGAUUUAACUCUCGUGUAGAAACGCUUAUUUCGUUGGUGUUAUGAAAUAUAUGAAACCAGUGAUCUGGCCCAGUGGUUCAGGUACUCGAUUCACAUGCGAAAAGUUCUCAGUUUGAAUCCCGAUGGGGGAUUUGACUAGUCAGUCUUGACCAGUCACACGUGAGGUGUGUGAAAUAUUUGGAGGAAGAUAGACGGAAGAUUGUCUCGGUACUAUGAAAUAGUUGUGUUAAAUCGAUCUAUCGAAGUUUUUUUUUUCCGAAUUUAUAUGUGAAUGGAGAAUUUACUAAAUUCUCAUCUUUUUAAUUGAAAUUAAA